AUAUAUACUAUACAAAUUUACACACAAAAAUCUCAAUUUCACUAAAAUAAAAAACCCAAUUACACCAUGGGAGACCUUUCUCCAAAACAACAACAACCCCACAUACUCAUUGUCCCAACACCAGGAAUGGGACAUCUUUUCCCACUCAUAGCUUUCUCAAAACGACUUGUCGUACAACACAACAUAGCCAUAACCUUCAUUGUUCCAAACGACGGGUCGUCUUCCAUUGAACUUCAAAAGAAGCUUCUUCAAUCCCUUCCACACCCAAUUUCCUCCCAAUUUCUUCCACCUGUCAACAUGGACGACCUCACAGCAGAAACCCCAAUUGAAGAUCGUAUCGAACUCACCUUGACUCGGUCACUCCCAGCUUUACAACAAGCUCUCAAACUCACCACCGAGUCAACUCAGUUCUCUGCUCUUGUCGUUGAUGUAUUUGGUCCAGCUGCCUUUGACGUGGCAAAAGAAUUCAAUAUUCCUCCUUAUAUUUUCUUCCCAACGACAGCAAAUGUGUUGUCGUUAUUUUUUUACUUACCAAAACUUGAUGCCAUCACUUCAUCCGAGUAUCGGUUCUUAUCCGACCCGAUUCAAUUACCCGGGUGUAUUCCGGUCGAGGGGCGGGAUUUUUUUAGCCCGCUUCACGACCGGACAACUGAAACCUAUCGAGCUUUUGUUCGGAUGGCGGAGAAGUAUCAUUCGGCUUCGGGGAUUUUGGUUAAUAGCUUUGUGGAUUUGGAACCGGGUGCUUUUAGGGCUAUCAUGGAUAGAGUCCAUGGUAACCCGCCUAUUUACCCGGUUGGGCCGUUGACUCAAACCGGGUCGAGUUCGGGUACCGGGUCAGAGGAAGUACCCGAAUGUUUGAGAUGGCUUGAUAACCAACCAAAAGGGUCAGUUAUUUUUGUGUCGUUUGGUAGUGGUGGGACCCUUUCACAAGAGCAGUUCACUGAAAUGGCUAAAGGACUUGAAAUGAGUGGGCAAAGAUUUCUUUGGGUUAUUAGAAGCCCAAAUGACAAAGCUUCAAGUGCUUUUUUCACUUUGAAGAGUCAAAAAAGGCCAUUUGAUUAUCUCCCAGAUGGGUUUAUGGAGAGGACUAAAGAUUUGGGCCUUGUUGUGGACUCAUGGGCCCCUCAAAUUAGGGUGUUGGCCCAUGAAUCAACAGGUGGGUUUUUGACCCAUUGUGGGUGGAAUUCAACUUUGGAAAGUGUUGUUCAUGGGGUUCCUUUGGUGGUUUGGCCACUUUAUGCUGAGCAAAAAAUGAAUGCUGUUUUGGUUGGUGAAAAGGGUUUGAAAAUUGGGUUGAGAGUGAAGUUUAAUGAGAGUGGAAUUGUUGGGAGGGAUGAGAUUUGUGAGUAUGUGAAGAUUUUAAUGGAAGGUGAAGAAGGAAAGGUUAUGAGGAAAAAUGUUAGUGAUCUUAAGGAAGCUUCUAAGUUGGCUCUUAGUGAUGAAGGGUCUUCUACUAAGUCACUUGCUGAGGUUGCUCAUAUUUGGAAAAAUCACAAAGUUUGAUAUGGAUUUUAUUCGGCCAAAUUUCAUAAGAUAAAUAAUUAUAGUAAUAAAUAAGGAUUAAUGUUGGCUUUUGUUUUUUGUUUUUAUAUUUAUGGAAUGUUGUUUGGAAUGACAAUUUAUAUAUUUUGUUUCUAUCUAUAUAUACAUGUGUGCAAGUAUUGCAAUAUAAUUUUAUAUGGAAUGAUAUAAGUUAUUA